AUGUACCGAAUUCCAUUUGUGAUCAUAUUCAGUUUACUCAAUUUUGCUGUUUAUUCCGAUAAAAAUGAGGGUCGUUUGUACGCGCAAAUUCUCGAAGACUAUGAGCCUUUGGAAAGACCGGUGGAAAACUCAUCGCAAGCAGUUGUCGUCAAAAUGGGACUCUCUCUACAAAGCAUCAUUUCUGUGGAUGAAAAGAAUCAGCUUGUCGACGUGAAUGCUUGGCUUAAAUUGACUUGGCACGAUUACCAUCUAAUGUGGGACAAAAAAGCGCAUGGAGGAGUCUCAGAUCUUCGCUUUAAAAAAAGCCAAAUCUGGACUCCAGACAUUUUGAUGUAUAACAGUGCUGAUCCACAAUUCGACUCAAUGCACGCCUCAAAUGUUCUCGUUUAUCCAGAUGGAAAUUGUUUAUGGGUGCCUCCAGCAAUCUUUCGAUUGAGUUGCACGAUCCAAGUUGUUUGGUUCCCAUUUGAUAUGCAAUAUUGUAAAAUGAAGUUUGGUUCUUGGACUUUUGAUGGAACAAAGCUUGAAUUGCAAGUGGAUGAUGACGGAUUGGAGACGUCAACUUUUAUGAGUAAUGGAGAAUGGAAAUUGAUUCACACAAAUGCUCAGAGAAACAUACAAUACUAUGAAUGCUGUCUCGAGCCAUAUUAUGAUGUUGUUUUCACUUUUGUUAUUCAUCGACGCUCACUUUAUUACGGGUUUAAUUUGAUAAUCCCUUGUAUUUUGAUUACAAUGCUUACUUUAAUCGGUUUCACUCUUCCACCAGAUGCCGGCGAAAAAAUGUCACUUCAAAUCACAAUCAUGCUCUCGAUUUGUAUUUUUCAAAAUUAUGUCACAGAACUUUCACCGCCAACUUCGGAAGCGAUACCAUUUCUAGGUGCAUUUUUUGCUUUAUGCAUGUCCACGUGUGCGGGUUCGGUCGUUUUCACGGCACUCGCCCUCAAUCUUCAUAACAGAAAUUCGAAAACCCAUGAAAUGGGUCAUUUAUUCCGAAAAGUUUUCCUUGAAUGGUUACCGUAUUUGUUAAUGAUGAGAAGACCUGGAUGGACGGCCACGAAAAGAACAAUGAAAAAAGAUGAAGAGCCAAAAGUUGCCGAAAUCGAUCAAUGUGUGUCAACUUUAUUAGCAAAACUUUUGGUCGAUAGUCCAGUGAGCUCUCCGCGAUGGCAAUUAGAAGAUGAGACUGAUCCAAAAAGGCAAUCGUUAAGCAAAGAUUGCCAUACGGGCUCAUGGUUGCCUACAUAUUCGACAAUUGGAAAAGAAGGCGGAGUACCGGGCGGAGCAAUUGCUCAAUUACUCAUCUUACAACAAAUUUAUUAUAAUUUAGCUAGUAUUAAUGCUCAUUUCGAAGAACAAGAAGAAAAUAAACAAGUUGAGGAUGACUGGAAAUUUGCCUCAACUGUCGUCGAUCGAGUGUGUCUUUUCUCAUUUUCAGCUUUCAUUCUUUUCUCGACAGCUUCUUUAUUUCUCUCGGUUCCCCAAGUGUUAGACACUAUUUUG